UUAGGACCUGAAGUGAUAGCUUUCUUUUCUGCGCUACGAUUAUAGCGGCCUAAACCUACAGCUCUCACUGAAAUUUUUGAAUUCGGUACUAUCAAUUUUUGGGAGUUUCUACUUGAUUACAUGUCACCUUCCAUGUAUACCGUUGAGCCGGGAGAAGCUUCUCCUGGAGGAACCUCAGAGUCAUUGUCUGAUAAAAUUAUUGUUGGGACUACGAAGGGAGUUCCGGAUGCCGAAGCUCCACCCAUUACGAUUUUGGACAACACUAGAACGACAAGCCUGAAGACCUCAGCUAUCUAUGUGCUGCUACUAGCACUCUGUCUUACACUAUUCAUUGUUAACAUGGAGGUUACCAUCGUAAGUACAUCUUUAGUGGCUAUAACCAAUGACCUAGGCGGUUAUUUUCAAGUUGGGUGGAUAGUUUCAGGAUAUCUAGCAACGUAUUCAUCACUGAUUGUAAUAUGGGCAAAGCUCAGUGACAUCUUCGAAAGGAAGACCUCAAUGAUCGGAGCAGUCUUGACGUUCACACUCUUUUCCGCCGGCUGUGGUACUUCAAAAUCAAUGACAUCUUUAAUCAUAUGCCGCGCUUUUCAAGGAAUAGGAGCAGCAGGUUGCUAUUCAAUGGCAAUGGUGAUAUUUUUUGAAGCUGUUCCAUCAAAAUGGUAUGGUCCAGGAGGAAGUCUUCUCACAACAUUCAUCGCUCUCGCAACACUGUGUGGCCCAUUAAUUGGCGGGGCUAUAAGUGAGUCCACCACUUGGAGAUGGAUAUUUCUCUUGAAUGUACCAAUUGGAAUUCUCACUGCCGCAAUGCUAUUUCUCUCCAUCCCCGCUGGAUUUCCUCAUCAGGAUUCAUUGAGUGUCCAAGAUUCUACCUGGUCAACGCUGUGCUCAAAAGAUUCUUGGAAAAAGGUAGACAUGCCUGGGGUUUUACUUCUCCUGGCCGCUACUAUAUUCCUAAUAACAGGUAUAUUACAAGCUGGAGACGGGAUACUUCCAUGGUCGUCUCCACUGGUCGUGACUUUCCUUGUUCUUUCUUGUAUUGCAUGGGUUUCGUUCGCCAUUUGGGAGCGGCAUGUGAGCUACUCAGAGAUAUCGUCAGUCGAGCCGAUAUUUCCCUGGCGAUUUCUUCACAACAGAGUAUGGAUAGGCAUGCUUCUAACGUCAUUUCUUUGCGGGCUGCCGUUCAAUAUAAUCGUUGUUAGCCUGCCUCAAAGAUUCCAAAAUGUUAAUCAGAUGUCUGCUGUAGAUUCGGGAAUACGGAUCCUUCCAUAUAUUCUGGUAGCUCCUGCUACCUCUAUGAUAACGACAUCUCUAGCAGGGAGGAAGAGAAUACCACUAGUGUAUCUCCUCCUAUUAGGUUCUUCUCUUCAGCUCGUUGGAACUGUAUUACUCCUACAGGUACGCACCGUUGUCACAUCAGUUACCGCACUAUAUGGCUAUGAGGCGAUUGCCGGUUGUGGACUCGGUGUCACAUUUGGCAUACUAAUUCUAGGUAUUCCUUAUGCUGUCGAAAGAAGAGAUCUCGCCACCGCCACGGGUGCGAUGAUACAAAUUCGUAUGCUCGGUGGGGCGAUUGGACUUGCAAUCGCAUCAUCACUGUUCAACAGCUACACGAAGAGGCAACUAGCUUCACAUCUCAAUCCUGAUCAAAUUACCGACAUACAGCAAAAACCAAGUGCAAUAUUACAUCUUUCAGCAGAGCUGCAGCUUUUAGCUAGGAGGAUAUUUGCGGAAGGAUUUGAGAUGCAGAUGAUUUUGGUUGUAGCAUCAGUUGCCACUUCAAUGAUUUCCGGAAUGAUUGUUUGGAGACGUGAACAAUUAGUCACAGUCGCAGUGAUAGAAUGACUUGAAUUUCGGGGAUGGCAACCUAGUUAA